AUGGAAACCUCUGGCUUCUCAGAAGAGCAGAUGGAAGUCCGUGAAGCCAUCUCCAAGAUAUGUUCCAACUUUACAGACGACUACUGGCUCGAGCACGACCAACAAGAGAAAUAUCCCCAUGAACUACAUGCUGCACUGGCAAAAGACGGAUGGAUCGGCAUUGCUUUGCCAGAAUCUCUCGGAGGAGCAGGCCUGGGCAUAUCAGAAGCCACCAUGAUGUUGCAGACUAUCUCGGAAUCUGGUGCUGGAAUGGCGGGCGCUCAGUCGAUCCACGCAAACGUGUAUGCUACGCAACCAGUAGCCAAAUUUGCCACAGAGGAACAGCUCCAGCGAAUGCUCCCAAAACUCAUCAGUGGAGAGUGUCGAGCCUGUUUUGGUGUUACAGAGCCAAACACUGGCCUAGAAACCCUCAAACUCAAGACCACCGCCCUCAAAGACGGUGACUUCUACAAUGUGACUGGCCAGAAAAUCUGGAUCUCCUCUGCUCAAGUAGCCACAAAGAUGAUUCUUCUAGCACGUACAACACCAAUUGAGGAAGUCACCAAGCCUUCAGAAGGUCUUUCCUUAUUCUUUAUCGACUUCGACAAAGCACAACCCGGCCUCGAGCUGAAGAAGAUCCGUAAGAUGGGUGGACGAGCAGUCGAUGCCAACGAAGUCUUCUUUGACAACUACCGCAUCCCAGCCGACUCCCUUAUUGGAAAAGAAGGUCAAGGCUUCAAAAUUGUGCUGCAUGGUAUGAAUGCCGAACGCUGCCUCCUAGCAGGCGAAGCACUGGGUCUAGGUUACGCUGCUCUACGCAAAGCCUCACAAUAUGCAAAAGAACGCAUCGUCUUCAGUCGACCCAUCGGGAUGAACCAAGGAAUUCAACAUCCCCUCGCUCAAGCAUACAUGCAGCUCGAAGCUGCAAAACUGUCCACCUACCAUGCAGCACGCCUUUAUGAUGCGUCAAAGACUGACCCUAGCAUAACUCAGCAUGCGAUUGGCCUUGCUUGCAACACAGCCAAGUAUCUAGCUGCUGAAGCGGCUUUCACGGCGUGCGAACGAUCGGUCUUGUCAAUGGGUGGUAUGGGCUAUGCAGCAGAAUACCAUGUGGAAAGAUACCUUAGGGAAUGUUUUGUGCCUAGAAUCGCGCCAGUCAGUAGGGAGAUGAUCAUGAACUACGUGGCAGAGAAGGCUUUAGGAUUACCAAGGAGUUACUAG